AUGCAGUCACUCUUCACCGUCAACAGCAACAUAUCACUCAUAAGCCUAACCAUUGCGCCAAGCGCCUGGGUCGCCACUCUUGUCGUCUUCCUCUUCUUUCUCUACUUUUAUCUGCCGCAACUCGUCUCCUUGAAGGCCUUGUUCUUCCGCUUCAACUUCCUCGAUAAAGCCAACAAACACGCCGGCGCAUACUCAGCUGCGCCCAGAGACCCAAGAUAUCGAGAGGGGAUUGAAGACAUCAACCGUCGCAAUUGGAAUCGCAACCAUUAUCAGCGUCAGUAUCGCGGCGCCGACUACUAUCAACAGUAUCAGGAUCAGCACCAGGAUUAUCCACACGACGACGGUGGCGUGCAAAGGAUAGAAAGAAAGGAACUACAUUACCGGCAACAUCAACAGAAAGCCAUCGCCGAUAAGCAACUUCCGGCGCUAUUAGAAUUCUUUGGCAGGAAGAAAAGCAACGACAGCAACAUCAGCAGUGGCGGCGUCACUUCCACUGACAGCCCCAGGAAGUUGACCAAAGAAAGAGACAAGGAAAAGAACCGAGGACUUUCCUCGUUCGGUCGCAAGAUCAUCUACCGCACCAGCAGAGAUUCUUCACCGAGUCAAGUCCCCAGCAGCGCGCGCCACGUCAUCAGCUACGGCCCGCGCCAAAUCUUUGCCAGCCAUGACAGCUGCAACGGCGGCCCCGCCGAAGAACCUAGGGCAUCUCGACCAUCUUCUCGACGAUUCACUGGAGGACUUCGAGCACUGUCACUCGCUCCCGGCGAAACUCCGCACCCCCAACAUCCCCAUCAUCACCAGCAGGCGACACCGUUCGGGUACCCAUCAGUGCACUCGGGCUUCCGGAGCGACGACACGGAGAGCGACAUGAGCGACCAGGAGGUGGAUGGCGGGGAAGCGUCACACGGUGGCUACAGCCCGCCAGCGUGGAGGCGCCUCGCCAACGGCGACCGCAGCAGCGGCUUCUGGCGCAAGGCUAAUUCGCGUCUCAACGCUAUCGACCCGCUCUUGUUAAGCGGGUUCGGUGGUCUCGGCGGCGGAUUAGGGAAUGGCGGGUGGUCAAGAGAUUUCGAAACUAGUCCCGAGUAUGAUAGCAUGAAUGAAGACGAUAUGGACCAGGACGCAAUCUUGCAGAAAGCCAUCAGGACAAGACUACCAACGGGAAGCCUAAGUCCCGAGAAGGAGAGGAGUCCGGAACCAGAGUAUGCGCGGCGUCAGCAGUUGCAAAAGCAGGCCGAACGCCAACAGCAGCACCAAAGGUUGGCGCCGGUGAUCGAGGAAGACGAUGUCAAGAUCAAGGAAGAACCGAUGGAGGAGGAUGCGGGCAUGGUUUUGAGGGGGUUACCCCGUAAGGGCCCUGAUAACUACUUCCGCUUUGCGGUCAGGGCAGAAGUCCAUCAACGCACAGAACCCAUUGAAACAGCCGUCACUUUUUUGCGCAAAUGGCUCGGCCCGUUGACCACCUCGUGGUCUUCCAUGUUCCUGUCGGGCCUCGUAGCCAUUCUUUCCUAUGCCGCCAUGCGCUCGCUCUUUCAGCCGGCGUCUAUGAGCCCCGUGCCUGAUCUCGUCAAGGUGGCCGGUGUGGCGCGCUCCUUUGAGCCGCUCAUUUACUACUCCGAGAAUGGCAUUCAGCAAGUGGGCGACCUGCAAGCGACCGGCGUGGCGGUAUGGGAUCUAGGCGAGAGUGUUCGCAGCAGUAACCUCACGUCGGCACCUAUCAUCGUCAAGGAGCUGGACGAGUUGAGCGAAAGUCUCAAAACGCUGGCUAUUGAACUAACUAAAUUCUUCGCCAACGUAGACGGUGACAUCGACGGCAUCCUAAUAGUAAUGGACUGGGCCCGCCGCGAGCUCUCCCAACUCCAACACCUCCCUUCCCCGCCUCUUUCCUCCUUCUUCGACAACGUCCACAACCUCCUCUCCGCCUUCGGCAUCCUCGAAGACCCCUCCACCUCGCAACCCACCCGCCUCGGUCUCAUCGCCACCUCCCUCUUCGGCCCUUCCACCCCACAGCGCACAAGGACCACUCUCCAGCGCACCUUCAACGAGUUCCUUGCCGUUCUAGAAGAAGCCAUCACCAACGAACUGCAGCACUCCCUAGCCAUCUUUGCCCUCUUCGAAGCCAUCGACCACCAAUUCCUGAACCUCGCGCGCACCGUCGUCCGCGAAAGUUCCCUGCAGGAAGAACUACACGCAGAUCUACUGUCCUCUCUCUGGACCAGAAUUCUUGGCGCCAAAGCGAGCGAUAUCCAGAAAUACGAGCGGAACCGCCUCCUUCUGCUAAACGUCCGGGAAAAGACGGUGCGCAACAAGGGGAUCUUGGUGGAACAUAACCAUAAGCUCCUGGCGCUGAAAGCGUCCCUGGAGAAUCUGCGGCGGAAACUGGUGUCUCCGCUGGUUAGAAGCGUGAAUAGCUCGACUUUGACGAUUGAUGAGCAGAUUCGGGGAUUGGAAGACGUGGGUGUGUACCUCGAGGGCGUGAGGACGAGGCAGAAGGGGAAGCUGAUGGAGAUGUUGUAUGGUGGGGGUAGUUAUAGGGCCGGGAUUGGGUCGGACGGGGGCGGCGGUCAGGGAAGUGGUGGUGGUGGAUAUGGAGGAGGGCAGUAUGGGGAGCAGCAGAGGGAGGUGAGGUUGGUUGCUGAUGCUGGUGGUCACGGUUAUGGUUAUGGAAGUGCAAGUGGUGCGACUAGGAGUGUGCAUGAGUCGCAUAGGGGGGAACAAUGA